AUGUGCGAUGCAAGCGACUAUGCGGUUGGGGCGGUUUUGUGUCAAAAGAGAGGAAGGAACUACCAUGUGAUCCACUAUGCUAGCCACACGUUGGAUGAAGCUCAAGUCAAUUAUGCAACAACCGAGAAAGAGCUCCUAGCGGUGGUGUUUGCUAUGGAUAAGUUUAGAUCAUAUUUGAUUGGGAGCAAAGUGAUAGUGCACACCGACCACGCCGCCUUGAGAUACUUGUUCCAAAAGAAAGAUGCUAAACCAAGAUUGAUUCGUUGGGUCCUACUUCUACAAGAGUUUGAUUUGGAGAUCCGAGAUAAGAAGGGCACCGAGAAUGUCGUGGCGGAUCAUUUGUCAAGAUUAGAGGGCCGAAGAAGUGAUGAGCUACCCCAUUUGUCAAGAUUAGAGGGCCGAAGAAGUGAUGAGCUACCCAUUGAUGAAAGAUUAGAGGGCCGAAGAAGUGAUGAGCUACCCAUUGAUGACACUUUUAGAGGAGAGACUCUCUUUAUCCUAACCAAGCUUGGAAAGGAUUAUGUGUCGUGGUUCGCCGACAUUGUGAAUUACCUUGUGAGCGGCUACAUUCCUAAGGACUUCAGUUACAACAAGAGGAAGAGAUUCUUGCAUGAUGUUAGAGACUACUUUUGGGAUGAGCCCCUGUUGUUCAAGAGAUGUGUAGAUGGCAUUGACUGCUUUGAAGAUUCUACAAUCGGGUUUGUAUUGGCCGAGUCUAUUUGCUACAUCAAGGAGUUUGUGCGUACUUGUGACAACUAUCAACGGACCGGAGCAAUUGGGAGAAGGCAUGAAAUGCCUCAAAAAGGAAUCCUUGAAGUGGAAAUCUUUGAUGUUUGGGGGAUGGACUUCAUGGGUCCUUUCCCUUCCUCCUUUGGUAAUGAAUACAUCUUGGUGGCGGUAGAUUAUGUUUCAAAGUGGAUAGAAGCAGUGGCAACCCCUAGAAAUGAUGCAAAGACCGUGCUUAAGUUUGUCAAGAAGAACAUUUUCUCAAGAUUUGGCAUGCCGAGGGCCUUCAUAACCGACAAUGGAACUCAUUUUUGCAACAAGCUCUUGGAGAAGGUCCUACAAAAGUAUGGGAUCCACCACCGACUCUCUACGCCCUACCAUUCUCAAACAUGUGGGAAAGUGGAGUUGGCAAACCGUGAAAUCAAAUCAAUUUUGGAAAAGGUGGUCGGUCCUACAAGGAAAGAUUGGUCUCUCAAGCUUGAUGAUGCACUAUGGGCACUUAGAACCGCUUUCAAGACUCCUAUUGGGGUGUCCCCUUUCAUGCCACUUGCCCGUUGA